AUGAACAUGUUGUCUAAGAAAGCUAGGUGCGAUGCAGAUGGGCAAGACUCUUCCUUCUUUGUAGGAUUGCAGGAGUACGAGAAGAAUCCCUAUGAUGUCGUCCGAAAUCCUUCUGGGAUAAUCCAGAUGGGUCUUGCCGAAAAUCAGCUCUCCUUCGACCUUCUUGAAUCAUGGCUUGCAAGGAACUCGGAUGUCGCCACUUUCGAGAAAAAUGGAGGAUCUACAUUUAGAGAACUGGCUCUCUUCCAAGACUAUCAUGGCCUGCCUGCUUUCAAGAAAGUACUGGUAGAUUUCAUGGCAAAAAUUAGACGAAACAAAGUAAGUUUCCAUCCAAACAAGCUUGUACUCACUGCCGGUGCAACUUCAGCAAAUGAAACUCUCAUGUUUUGCCUUGCUAACCCUGGCGAAGCUUUCCUUAUUCCCACACCUUACUAUCCAGGGUUUGAUAGAGAUCUCAAGUGGCGAACUGGGGUUGAACUUGUUCCAAUACACUGCUCGAGUUUGAAUAAGUUCAGGAUCACCGAGUCUGCACUGCAAGAAGCUUAUCAACAAGCUCAAAAACUUAACCUAAGAGUUAAAGGGAUAUUGAUCACAAACCCUUCAAACCCUUUGGGCGCAACAAUGACCCGAUUAGAGCUCAACCAUCUCAUUACCUUCGCCAUGGACAAAAAUCUCCAUAUAGUAAGUGAUGAAAUAUACUCAGGAACAGUGUUUGGUUCAUCUAGCUUCAUAAGCAUCAUAGAAGCAGCAAGAGAGAGAAACCUUGAAAACACUGACAUUUGGAGCCGCAUUCACAUUGUUUACAGUCUCUCCAAAGAUUUAGGCCUUCCUGGUUUUAGGGUUGGGAUGAUUUACUCAGACAAUGAGACAGUUACAUCUGCUGCGACCAAAAUGUCGAGUUUUGGGUUAGUUUCUUCACAGACUCAGUAUUUACUGUCCAACCUUCUUGGUGACAAGAAAUUCAUGAAGAGUUACAUGAAAGAGAAUAGAAAGAGACUGAAAAAGAGACAUGAAAUGCUUGUUUCUGGGCUGGGGAAUAUGGGUAUAAGGUGCUUGAAGAGCAACGCUGGGUUGUUUUGUUGGGUCGAUAUGAGGCAUCUUCUGAGCUCUAAUACAUUUGAAGCAGAAAUGGAACUGUGGAAGAAGAUUCUUUCUGAAGCUAGCUUAAACAUCUCUCCUGGGUCCUCUUGCCAUUGCACUGAACCGGGUUGGUUUCGUGUAUGCUUUGCAAACAUGAAGAAAGAAACACUGAAACUUUCAAUUCAGAGAAUGAAGACCUUCGUGGACUCCAUUAAUGAUGAAAAUAGUGAGAACCAACAACUAUCAUUUUGCAUCACAAAAAGAAGGUCACUGACUAAGUGGGUUUUCCAAUUGUCAUUGUAUGAUCGUGGGCCAGACCGUUAGUUCUGCAUGAACCUCGAAGUCUAAAAGCUCUUUGUCUCUGUAGUACUUUCUAGCUUAAGAAGCACAUGCAAUAGCUAAAGUCACUUUCUUCCUCUGAUAGGGAUAGUCGUGUUUUUUUUCCCCCCCUCCGGUAAGUAAU